UCGCUACUGGGUUACGUUGGGGGACAAGCUGCUACCAGCGCAAUCUUCGAGAGGUUUCUUUGGCCUCAGCGACAUUUCUCAUCGUUUUCCAUUUACGACAUGCCGCGACUAGCAUGUUUGUACUCUAUGGCAGGCCCUAUUGGGUCAAUAGCUCUCGAGGUUGUCGACACUGCAUAUAAGAAUGGACUCUUUAGCGGGGCUGUACAAGGCCAUAUGCUUGGAACACAUUUUUACCGCGACCUCGAAUGGACCUAUAUACUGCACGCCCGCGGAGGGGAAUCUGAGAGGGAAUCGCAAAUUCGAAACUGCCUUUGGGUCCAGGCCCUACUCAACAUGCCUCUUCCAACCAUCAAAGAGCCCACAAUCCGACAGCCAAAUGACACCGAGAGUGGCAAAGUCACUUCGGAAGAAAAGACAAAACCGGUGCGCGCAAGAGUCGCCGUUAGCCACUUAGUGCUCUCAAAAGCUACAGACGAAGACAUUGGUAACUCCAAGAUCUCUUUCAUUUCGGAAGAGAUUAAGCGUGUUGAUCUGCUCUGCUUGGUGGAGAUUAUUCUGACUGAAUGUGUUGGCAUCGGCAUCAUGAUCUGCGUAGCUGCAAUCACUGGCUCGCUGUGGAGCAUCAUCUUCAUUAUACCGCUCGUCCUUCGAAUUAUCGGCACCUUAUUCGCCCUUGAUCGUGAGGGUCUAAAUUUUUUUCCAAACACAAUCGACGAUGAACAGACACGGGACUGGGAGAUAAAUUGCCCAGCAAUCGAAGGAAAAUUCAUGUUAAUCACCGGUCCGCCCUCUAUCGUCAACCAGUUCUUUCGCCAUUACGGACAUCCUGUGCGAAAUCGAUUCCGCGAGGUCAUCCAGCUAGCAGUCGUCAUUGCCUUCGGGACUUAUUUCCCAGUGGGCCUCCUUUGUCAAGUUACCUGGAUGCCUGUUUUCGUACAGUACAUCUGGACAGUUUGGCAAGUCUGGCAAGUCUUGGUCAUGCAUUUUGAUCGAUAUACCCAAAGAGGGACCAGCCGCACGACCACAGAUGCCGCCAUCGCAGCGAAGCUGUUCAAGAACUUUCAGACCAGCGACUCUGAUAGAGUUUUCGGAAGCGCUAUCCUGUUUGGGCAGAGAAGAAAUGGACCUGCUGUUGUAAAAGCUAGUCUAUCAUUGACAGUGGCGGAUAGCUAUGCAGAUGGAAAGAAGUUCUUGAAAAGCAAGGUUCGAAAAUAA